AUGUCGGGACUCGUUUCUGAUGAGGUUGCAGAGGACUAUAAGAACUCCCUGGAAGACCUCACAUCGAAUGACAAGUUUCAAAUAAGCAAUCUGACAGUUAUUGCAAAGGAGAAUACCGAACAUGCCAUGGCCAUCUCCCGAGUUCUGGAGAACCACAUACGAAACACACCACCAUCUCAAAAGUUACCAGCUCUCUAUGUAGUGGACUCAGUUGUGAAGAAUGUAGGAACUCCUUACACGCUGUUCCUGGGGCGCAACUUAUAUCAGACCUUCAUGAACGCCUAUACUCUUGUUGAUUCGCAGACUCGCAAGAAAUUAGACGAGAUGCUUAAAACGUGGAAAGAGCCUGUUCCCGGUUCUUUGGAUCCUAGGCCUGUUUUUCCUGUUGAGAUAACUCGGAAUAUUGAGAAUGCUCUGAUCAAAGCUAGGACAGCAGCCCUUCAGCAACAACAGUCCAGAAGCCAGCAGGAAGCUAUGAGCCUCGGUAGAGGUGUAGGUACACCGCCGCCAGUAUGGAGGAAUACCCCUACACCGCCCCAGGGUGCCCCUAGAUACCCUCCAGGAUACGGUUAUAAUAACCAACAGAUGCCGAGCAACGGCCAGGGAUACCCCAACCAACCACCGUACAACCAACAAUCACAGGAACCGAUAAACCUUGCCUCUUUACACCGUGAUGUUGACUCGCUGAUCUUAAGCGUACGGCUCGAGUUUACUGCUAACCCACUUAACAUUGCAGUCCAGCAAAAGCUCAAGGCCCUUUUAGAUCUACAGAGCAUUCUACAGCAGCAACGGCUGCCAGAGGCACAGCUAAAGCAAAUCCGUGACCAGGUGUCUCAGCUUUCUGCUUCCAGCGCGAAGCCAACACCCCCGCCCGCUCCUCCUGCUGCUUUACCUACCCAUAUUGCAACUCCCGUAGUAUCUACACCACCUAUGGGAACUAUACCGACUCAGACCCCGCAACCUAACCUGCAAGCCCUUUUGAACCCAAACACUCUUGCGGAGCUUAUCAAAGCAACUGCACAAAAGACCCCCCCUACCCAGCCGACUCAACAAUAUACCCAACCUGCAGCUCCUGCGCCACCACUAGCAGCAGCUGUACAGCCUGGGGUGUCUGCAUCCCUGGCCGAGAGUCCCUUAAUAGCGUCAUUGAGAGCCCGUGGCCUUCUACCCCCUGCCACGGCAACUCCUACAACCACACCACCUAACCUCCCCUUCAUCAUUCCAGGCCAACCACCAUAUACUCCUGCCCCUGCGAACCCUAACCCCCAAGGUGUCAAGAUUAAAGUUCCCAUGACCUCUGCCUCAAUACGGAUACCUCGCCCAAAUCUUAUUGCCUGCUUAUACGAAGACAAACCUAACCGCUGCGGAACCUGCGGUCGUCGAUUUGUCUCAACCCAAGAAGGGAAGGACAAGAAAGCUAGACAUCUAGACUGGCAUUUUAAAACAAACCUACGGAUAAACGAAGCAGCGAAGCGAAGUCAGAAUAGAAGCUGGUAUCUUGAUGAGCGAGACUGGAUAAAAUUCAGAGAAUUUGAAGAUGAUAUUGGUGCCGACGACGCUUCUGUUGCUGCCAGGAAAUCCAAUAGUGAAGAUGCGUCAGGCAAAAAGGCAGAACAACAAAGAUGGAUACACGCUCCCAACGAUGCUACGCUUCGCAAUACACCUUGUCCAAUAUGUCAGGAAAAUUUUGAAUCUACCUGGUUUGAGGAAGCACAAGAUUGGAUCUGGAGAGAUGCUAUCAAAGUUGGCAAUCGCAUAUAUCACGGUAGUUGCUAUGCAGAAGUUACCAAAGACGGCGGCACGGGUACAACUUCCGAUGUACCGCGUGGUCGAACCAGUACGCCAGACUCAGUUCUCGGCAAACGAAAAGCAGAGGAUUCGGAUUUCUCUACAUCCAGCGUCAGGAUUAAAACUGAACCAGCUUCAUAA